ACAUAUCCCUGCGGGCUGCGGAUACGAGGGCUUACAGUUGCAGCCACGUUCUUCCCCUAUCCAAACCUCACCGGAAAACACACUCGCUUUCCAUGGCGGCAUCUCUCUCAUCUAUCUCCGCCCUUCGCAUCAAACUUCAUAGACAUUCCUUCAAUCCCAGGAUUAUUUCCUCCUCCGCGUCUUCAAACCCCCAACAAUUCUUCAUUAUUUCACCCCGUCUACCCCCAAAACGCCGUUUCAUUAGGCCUUUCUCCCUCAAGUUAUCAAGAAGUUUCUCAAUUAACUCCAUAUUCAAUGAUGAUAAGAAGAACAGUAACCCAAGCUUUCACCAUUUUCUCGCCCAAGCUCAAGCCACUGCUCUCACUGCUUCCGAUGCUACUGAAACCGAUGAUGUUCCAUCCUCUGAAGUCCUUCCAAGAGGUCGCAUCUAUCAGGAAACCUACGGAUGCCAAAUGAACGUCAACGACAUGGAAAUCGUCUUAUCCGUGAUGAAAAAAGCCGGAUACGAUGAAAUUGUAAACGAACCUGAAAGUGCAGAGAUCAUCUUCAUCAACACUUGUGCUAUCAGAGAUAACGCAGAACAAAGAGUAUGGCAAAGACUCAACUACUUCUGGUUCUUAAAACGCCAUUGGAAAAGCAAUGUAGCCACAGGUCGCUCACAUUCUCUACACCCCCCAAAAGUAGUAGUCCUCGGAUGCAUGGCAGAAAGGUUAAAAGACAAGAUUCUAGAUUCAGACAAAAUGGUUGAUGUUGUUUGUGGACCAGAUGCUUACAGAGACUUACCACGUUUACUAGAAGAAGUUGAAAAUGGUCAAAAAGGUAUCAACACUCUUCUCUCUUUAGAAGAAACCUAUGCUGACAUCAGCCCUGUUCGAAUCUCCAAAGACUCCAUCUCUGCUUUUGUUUCUGUAAUGAGAGGUUGCAACAACAUGUGUUCUUUCUGCAUCGUGCCAUUUACAAGAGGUAGAGAAAGGUCAAGACCUGUUGAAUCCAUAGUCAAAGAAGUUGCAGAGCUUCAAAAGGAAGGAGUGAAAGAGGUGACACUUCUUGGUCAAAAUGUCAACAGUUACAACGAUGAAAGUGAUGAAGAAGAGAUUGAACAAGGGGGAAAUUGGAAAUUAAGUGAUGGAUUUUCAAGUAAGUGUAAGGUGAAGAAAGUAGGGUUGAGAUUUGCUGAUCUUUUAGAUAGGCUUUCAAUGGAGUUUCCUGAGAUGAGGUUUAGGUACACUUCACCACACCCUAAAGAUUUUCCAGAUGAAUUGUUAUAUAUAAUGAGGGAUAGACAUAAUAUUUGUAAAAAUAUUCAUCUUCCUGCUCAAUCUGGGAAUAGUAAUAUGCUUGAAAGAAUGAGAAGAGGGUAUACAAGAGAAGCUUACUUAGAACUUGUGCACAAAAUAAGGAGUAUAAUUCCUGAUGUUGGGUUGACAAGUGAUUUCAUAUGUGGGUUCUGUGAUGAGACAGAGGAAGAACACAAUGACACUUUAACUCUAGUUAAGUCCGUGGGUUAUGACAUGGCAUACAUGUUUGCAUAUAGCAUGAGAGAGAAAACUCAUGCACAUAGAAAUUAUUCCGAUAAUGUCCCUGAAGAAAUCAAACAGAAAAGACUCACACAACUCAUUGAAGCUUUUCGUGAAAGCACAGGUCAAUGUUUUGACUCCCAAAUUGGUAGUAUUCAACUUGUCUUAGUUGAAGGACCAAAUAAAAGAGCUCCUGAAACAGAGCUUAUUGGGAAAAGUGAUAGGGGCCAUAGGGUAAUUUUUGCAAACUUGGAGGUCCCGGAUUGGGUGGAAUGUCGUGGUGAUAGGAAUCCUAGAGUUGGGGAUUUUGUAAAAGUUAGGGUUUUGAAAUCUUCAAGGGCGUCUUUGUUUGGGGUUGCGAUUGGGAUUACUACAAUGAGUGAGUUUUAUAAUGUGGGACAACAAGAAGGUGUUGUGUGUGGAAAAAGUAGUUGAAAUUUGUGUUACUUUUAAUCUUUUUUUAUUUAUUUAGAGACAAAGUAUAAAUAUGUAAGAAAUUAUAUGAACAUGCUUUCUUAUUUUGGUUAAAGAGGUGCAUGUUUUCUUAAAGUAA